AUGGGAGCAGCCACUGUUGCCGGCACAAGCAAUCGUCCAUCCAAGACGCCCCCAAAGACGGACAAGUCUCCUCUACGACCAGACGUCACCUCAGACGCAAAGACAUCCAAUCCCAACAAGAGCGACGGCCCGUCCAAUGCCGAAGCGGCCAAGCCCUUGGCACCACCUCCCCGACCCGGUCAGCAGCAGCAACAACAAAACGGAUCCAACAGCCCCGACUACUUCUCCCAGGCAGGGGGAUCACUCAGCCUGGAGCCCAAUCCCUUCGAGCAGUCCUUCGGGGGAGAAGGUCAACCCGAGACCCCGGGAGGCACCAAGCUUCCUUCUGUCCAUACCUUGACCUCGCCCUCGUCGCUCCUCCCGGGAAGCAACGCGACACCUUUCAACUGGGGAGGAGGUUCCCUACGUACCGGGCCCCUGAGUCCUGCCAUGCUCUCCGGCCCUGCCAACGACUACUUUGGCGAUACACAGCAUCUCCGUGGCGGCUUCCCCACGCCCAACGAGUCUUCGUUGCGCUCCGGCCUCACUCCCGGCGGCAGUGGUUCCAUGUUUCCCGCCCCCAGCCCCAACGCUCAGGCUUUCAUCUCCCAGCUCGCCAGCGGAGGCGCGACUCCCAGCACCAUCGACUUCCACCGUACGGCCAUGAGCGCGGCUGCCAAGAGGGAACUCACCAACGGCGCUUCAGAUAGCCAGCAACAGCAACAGCAACCUCAACCACCCCAGCAGGCACAGCAGGCACCGCCGCCCCAACAGAGCGUGACUUCCCAGCCUCAGGAUAUGCCCAACGGCACCGCUCAAGUCAAGUCGGAGCCCAAGACGUUUGACCCCCACGACAACGACGCCGCCAACGGCCUGUUCAUGCUCGCACAGGGUGCACAGAGCCGCAACGGUACUCAACCCACCAACCAGUUCACCGCCGUAGCAGCCUCGGCACCGACUGCCCAGGCCUCGACCCAGCAGCAGCAGCAGCAGCAGCAGCAGCAGCAGCAGCAGCAGCAACCUGUAGGUGUUAUCCAGGCCGACGCAAACGCCUCAGGAAACGGCACCGGUGUUGCUCGUGGUGUAAGCGAGAAUAGCAUAGGUUCGGACGCGAGCGACCAGCUCAAGCAGACAGCUCGUGGCAAAGCCGGCAAGAAGACCGCCGCCGCCGCCGCCAACAACAAUAACAGUAACAACAACAACAACAACAACAACAACAACAAUAACAAUAACAGCAUCUCCAACGCAGUCGCCAACGGUCGCAGGAAAGCAGAGGAACCUGCCCCUUCCAAGGUCCCGCCCAGCAAGAAGUCCAAGGGCAACAACAAUAGCGUGAGCAACAUCUCCUUCAACGGUAGUAUGAGUGCCGAACCGUCAGACGACGAGGACAUGAAGGUGGACGAGAGCGGCAACAAGUCAAAGAUGACCGACGAAGAGAAGCGCAAGAACUUUCUGGAGCGCAACCGUGUUGCGGCUCUCAAAUGUCGUCAGCGGAAGAAGCAGUGGCUGGCCAACCUCCAGAGCAAGGUCGAGAUGUUUUCUAAUGAGAACGAGGCCUUGUCGACACAAAUCUCGCAGCUGAGAGAGGAAGUUGUCAACCUCAAGACGCUUCUCCUGGCCCACAAGGACUGUCCUGUAACGCAGCAGCAAGGCAUUCACAGCGCCUAUUUGGGCCAGGUGGCGCAGCCGCCUGACCCGUUCAACGCUCAGAUGAACCCUUACCAGAUGCCUGGCCCCAUGGCCAACCAGCCCGUCAUGGCUGGACAGGGGGUACAGCGACGUUUCUCCUAG